CGGCACGACAGAACGCAGUUAAUUUGUAAACAACUUUCGGUGCAUGCAAGCAAAACGUGCUCCGCCGUACAUUGCGAUGGCUGAGGAAAAGUUUGUUUUACCAUCGCCCAGGUUUCAGGACGAGGUGAAAAAGGGUCUGGACAGCUUUAGUCGGCAUUUGAAUCCACAUUUCUCUACGCCCAAUGGAAUGUUGCUACCGAGUAGCAAACAACCGCCUCCGAUGUUCGGACCACGUGGUUCCACCGUUCCGGCCCAGUUUCUGAACAAUCCGCGAAAACGGCCAGCGUCCGGUCCGCACAGGUAUCCCGGUCCGGGUACCUAUCGCCAGAACCAACCAGGGGGAAUCAACCAGAACCAACGAAACAAUCAGGGGGCAGGGUUCAAAAACAAAGCCGGAGGGCCAAACCAUCGAUCACCUCGACCACCGAACAAUGGACUGGAGAAGGACGUGAAACCCGAACUGUUAGUUUUAGAUUGGAAGUUGUGGUGUGAAGGGUGCGACGUGAACUGCCGAUCAGAGGAAGAGUUCGAGCAACACAAGGCCAACCAUGCACCGUGCACCGUGCCCGGGUGUACGUUUGUCGGCCAUCCGAUGAUCAUGAAGCGACACGGUCGACAAGUGCACAGCGAUGGCGGUUGUACGAAGGACACCAUCGGACCGUCAGCGGAGGAGAUAGAGCAGUGGAAGGAGGAGCGCCGGAAACGGUAUCCCACGAAGCAGAACGUGAUCUUACGCCAGCAGGCACAGGAAGCUCGGUUUAAUCGGGGUGAACGUAUCGAGGAAAAGAAGGACCGUUUUCCCAAGCGCAAUGCGCCGGUGAAUGACGACUCUAGCAUGAAUGGUCCAAACACGACACCGAACGGACGGAAUGCAAAUCGUUCAAAGCGCAAAAGACGCGCAAAGAAACCUGCCUUCGUCGCACCUGUAGAAGAAAAAACAUUAGACAGAAUACCGUUCAAGGGCACUUCGUCGUUGAAAGAUUAUAAAGACCCACCCAAAAACGCACUGUCAAUGCUGGGAGACUAUGGCACAGAUACAGAUUCUUCCUGCGACGAAGAAGAGCAAGCAAGUCCGGUAGUUGCGCAAAAGAAGUCGCUAGAAGUUUCGUCCGUAGAGGAACCCACUCAGAAGCCGGAAUGUACACUCAGUGAGGGGGAGAUUGAAGACGAUGGUGACGAUGCACCCAGCACAAGUUCGGCCCCAGCCGCGCAACCAGUGCUUGCUCCGAAUGAAUCACAAAGCAAAGGUGCAGUAAAGCAGUCGAUUACCACAGCUUCAAAAAGUGUCGACUGCGCCGUCCCAGGUGGUAGCUCUUCAACCGUUGUGAAGCAUCCGCCCAAACAGCAGAACAAACCGACACGACAAAACAACUUCAAAGACAAACGGGCUAGGAACCCGAACAGACCAUUGUUAGACUAUUCGAAGCUCCGACGGUCCAAUCAGAAUACCAUGUUGGAGAAGCUGCUCGAUGCCGACAUACGCCACGAGCGGAAUGUGCUGCUGCAGUGCGUGAGGUACGUUCUGGUGAACAAAUUUUUCGGCAUUGGACAGCCGAAAGAGGUGAAAGCAUCCGUUGCAAUUGUGACCGAAGAAGCAAGUGUUCCAGUUGAAGAGGUCACGGAAGAAACGACUGUUCCAGUUGUAACAUUGAACGAAGAAGCAAAUCUUCCAGUUGUGACAAUUACCGAAGAAGUAAAUGUACCAGUUGUUGCAGUAGCCGACGAAGCAAAUGUUCUAGUUGUAGGAUUGAACGAAGAAACAAAUUCUGCAGUUGAGGCAAUCACCCAAAACGCGAAUACUCCAGCUGUAGCAAUGACCUUAGAACCAAUUUUUCCAGUUGUAACAAUGACCGAAGAAGCAAAUCCUUCAGUUGCAACAGUGACCGAGGAAACGACUGCUCCUGUUUGCACAGUGACCGAAGAAGCAAAAGAAUGAAAUAAAAGUGUUUUAAUGCACAUGAUUUAUUCAGAAAA